AUUAAUUAAAAAAAUGAAAUAAAAACAAAACAUUUUCCCGAGAAAAGGAGAGAGAGAGAGAGAGAGAGGAAAAAAAAAAAAAAACGCGGCUGUUAUACACCAAAACCUGAGUCUCUUGCUAAUCGAAUCCUGCUUCUGGUAUCGCACGAGGCGAUCCGAAGGCAAUAAGGGUUUUCAAGUCAGUCGAUUUUCGUAAGCGAUCGUGGUUUAAAUGGGCUUGACCGGGAGUGGUUUAAUUCAAUUCUUGAAAUUUAUUGUUUGUUGGUGAUAUUGACGCCAGUUUGAUUGUGUCUGAUCUUGAUCGAAUCGGGAGAAUCACUGGAUGGGUUUUGGUGGGUUUCUGGUUUUCGCAGAUGGGUCAGGAAAUUUGUCGGGUUGGGGCGUGGGAUUGUAGAGAAGGGGGUGCGGAUUUGAGUGUUUGAGGGCUGGUUGGUUUUCUUUUUGAUGAUUUCUGUGGGUACUAGGGAUGGACGGAAGGGGUUAGGGCUAGGGUUAGGGUUUGAUGUCCGGAGAAAGAUGGAGGAGACUGAGCUUGAAGAAGGCGAGGCUUGCUCCUUCCAGGAUGAUGAUCCAAGCAUCGACCCUGAUAUUGAUUUCUCUUACCUCGAUGAGAAGAUUCAAGAUGUUUUGGGGCAUUUUCAGAAGGAUUUUGAAGGUGGGGUUUCAGCGGAGAAUUUGGGGGCAAAAUUUGGUGGAUAUGGUUCAUUCUUACCCACCCACCAGCGAUCUCCUAUUUGGUCUCAUCAAAGGAGUCCACCAAGAGCUCAAAAUUGUACACCAAGCUCUCCAAACAAUUUGCAACUGGAGGGUAACCGUCUUCAUUCUGUAGUCCCAUCAAGUGCACCUCAACCAAGGCUUGAACAUGCUCUUACUGUUGGUGAGUCACUGCCUGCAGUAAAGGUACCCUUUGUGACAGAGUCAGCUAAACAAGAUGUAUCCGUGCCAUCUGCUCGAUGUGCUGCUGAGGAAUUUCCUCCUAGAUAUGAAUUAGCAAAUAAGUCUGCUAAUGUACCAGACCAGAAAACACUGAAGGUUCGAAUUAAAGUUGGUUCUGAUAAUCUUUCAACACGAAAAAAUGCUGAAAUCUAUAGCGGUCUUGGUCUUGAUGUCUCUCCAUCCUCAUCAUUGGAGGAGAGCCAAACAGAAAGUGAAGGAUUGUCUCGUGAACCUCAAGAUGCCUCAGAUGAAUCUCCUACAAGUAUUCUUCAGACAAUGACAUCCUUUCCUGUGCAUGGGGGCCUUCUGUUAUCUCCUCUUUCCGAUGAUCUACUUUGCUUGACCAACAGGGCAAAACUUCUAAGAGAUAUUAGAUCUGGACCUGUUUCUAAGGGCAGUCAAGAUAUUCCUGUCAUGAUGGGGAAUGGAUCUCUUUCUUCCAGAGGUGAUGGGAAGGUGUUAAGGGAUAAGAAAACAAAGUCAUGGGAGAAAAAUAGUUUUUCAGUGGCUUUGGAAAACGGAAAUGAUAAGGAUGCUCGGAGUACAUGCAAGAAGGAAGUAGACAUUGAUGCUUCAGCUUGUGAGGGGCUGGUUUCUAAUACAUUGAAGCUUCCGCUUUUUGCUAAUCCAUGUGGUUCUGCUGGUGGGGUAGAGAAAAGUUGUGGUAGGGCAUUUGACAUACCCAGGGAGGCCAAUAAGGGUGUUGUAAAGGACAAAUCUUUCUCUGAUUUAGCAAAAGAGGAAUCGUUGGAACCAACGCCCUCUCAUGAUGUUGGCUGGGUUGAGAUGCCAAUUGGAAAGGUUAGUUCAGCUGGAAAGGUUUCUGAGGAUAAAAGGACAAAUUCUCUUAAUGAUGCCUCAGUCUGCAGGAGGAAAGAUGGUGAUCGUAAAGCAGAUAAAACUUAUGACUCUGUCAAAACUGACUCAAAUGCAUCUAAGGGGAGCAAAGCUCAAAAUGCUGAACUCCUGGAUCCUUUGAAGGAGAAAGCUACUCAAAAGGUUGUGUCUCAUGAGCAAAAUAGCUUGAAAGGGCCCAUUGGGAAGGAUCUGUCAUCUUCUGGGGGAAAGAAGAAAUCAAAGGGAAAUCAAAAUCAUGGCAAUUCAGCAGCAGAUUUACCAAAAGAAACGUUGCGAGUUGAUUCAUCUUCAUUGCCCAAAAAUAAAAGGAGCACUUAUGCAGAUAAUUAUAUGCCUAAAAAUGAAUUAGAAGAUCUCAAAAUGCAAAAGGAUUUUGGGAAGGCCAGUGAUAGAUACAGAGAUUUUUUUGGGGACAUGAAAUUAGAAGAGGAAGAGAAUGGAACGGAUUCGUUGGAAAUGCCCUCCGAUGACCUGCUCAAGGAUGCCAAAGUGGUUGAAAAAUGCACGACUGUAUCUAGCAGCGGAUCAAAAUACAGAUUGAGUAGUAAGAAAAUUGAUAAGCCAUCAAAUCCAGAAGAGUGUCCAAAAGUGGUUUCAAAUGCAGCUCCCCCAAGUGAAAAUGGACCCUGUUCUGAUCCGCGUCCUGCAAUGGUGGCUCCUGCAGUCAUACUUGAAAGUUGGGUUUGUUGUGACAAGUGUCAGAAAUGGCGGCUACUUCCAGUUGGCACAAAUCCUGACAACCUUCCUGAGAAGUGGCUGUGUAGCAUGCUUAACUGGCUGCCUGGAAUGAAUAAGUGCAGUAUUAGUGAGGAGGAAACAACAAAAGCUCUAUUUGCUCUUUACCAACUUCCUGCUCCUGAAAGUCAAAAUAAUCUGCACGGUCAUGCAGGAGGCGUUGUGUCUGCAGCAUCCUUGGCAGAUGUUCGGAAUCUUGAUCAAAACUAUCAAAACCAUUUCCGUGCUGAACCUAGUAGUUUAAAGAAGAAACAUGGAUUAAAAGAAAUGUCAAAUGCAACUAAUCAAGAUGGUCCUAUGAAAAAGAAUUUACAGGCCUCGGUAAAAAGUAGAAGCUUAAAUGAUGUGAACCAGUCUCCUCUGGUGAAUGAACCUGACUUCCAGCAUUUUAGUAAGUCUGGCGACCCACCUAUGGAGAAGCAUAAGUAUAAGCAGAAAGAGAAGCACAAACUACUUGAGCACAAAUCUGAUGGAGGUGAUUCCAAAAAAUUAAAGAUGAAAAGCAGAAGGGAGAUUGACCAAGAUUGUUCUAGAGCUUCUAAGAAAAUUAAGAAAGAAGGAAUGCGUGGUACUGAUGAGGAUUGGAUGUCUGACCAUGUUGGGGCUAUUGAAAAGCUGGGUCCUAGCUCAAAUAGUGUUUUUCCAACUAAUGCUGCAGGGAAGGAUCGACCAAAAUACAAGGAUCGCUCUUCGUCCAGGGACUCAAAGAUUGAUUCAAAAGGAAGCUUACAAGUUUCUGUUAGAAAAACUAAGAAUGAAGGUCAGGUUGCCAUGGAUGGUACAUCAAUUGACAAGGGUAAGCAUGAUAAUCGAGAUGGUGCAAAGAAGAGGAAAGUGAAAGAAUCUCUGGAUAAUGAAAUUUGUUCAGGAUCCCUCACAGGUACAGAGCAUCAUCUCCGUGACAGUGGAGGUUUUGUGAAGGAAGAGUUCAGUGAAAGUGAUCAGAGGAAGGAAAAGAAAACAAAAUUAUUGAACUUUGGGGGAAUAGAAUCCAGUGCAAACAAAGCUGCUGCUAGAGCAGACAACAAAGGUGAACAAAUGGGGCAAGAUCUGGGGAUUACUUUGUCUCAACGGAGCUUGGAUGGUUUGGAUUCUUUGAAAAGGGAUUUGGGAGCGCUGCAACCUUCUGUAGCAGCCACAUCAAGCUCUUCCAAGGUUUCUGGAUCCCAUAAAACUAGAGCCAACUUCCAGGAAGUAAAAGGUUCACCAGUCGAAUCAGUUUCGUCAUCACCUCUGAGGAUUUUGAAUCCAGAUAAAUCUGCACCGGCAAGAAGGGAUCUCCUGCGGAAAGACGAUUCUCGAGAUACUGGUUUUUUGGUCAAUGGUAGCCCCAGAAGAUGCUCAGAUGGUGAAGAUGAUGGUAGGAGUGAUCGAUCUGGUACAGCAAGGAAGGAUAAAACUACAAAUGCGACACAUCGUAGGUCUCUAGAGUCUUCUGUGCUUGAUUUUACGGAUGGAGAUUUUAGUCAUUUACCAAGUUGUAAAGUUAAACCACAGGUUUUAUAUUCUCCCGAAUAUGCAAAUCACAAUCUAACAAAUGGUGUUGUUGAUACAUCGGGUCGCGAUACUCAAUAUUUUAAUGAGCCACAGGCUUUGGAUCGAUUCCACAAUGAAGAAAGGAAAAAUGAAAACUAUCACCAUGCUAAUGGGUCUCGACCAAGAAAGUCUGGGAAAGGCCCCUCUUCAUGGUCUAGGGACAAUAACCGGAGUUCUAAAUCUGAAUUUGACAAUGGUAAGAUGAAGAUUACCAGUUCUUUAAAUGAGUCUCAAGAGCAUGCACUUUCCUAUCUAGAAAAAUCAAGGGAGGGGAAGCAUAAGUUUCAGGAGAAGUCUGGGUACAAAUCUGACAAGAUUGAAAGUAAUUUUGUUGGCAAGAAAGAUAAAUUGUCAAGUGAGAGUAGCAAAAGAGAGAAGCAGUUAAAAUUUGGAGGGCAAGAUGGUCCGGAUAUUAAAUCAAGUGCAAUUUCUGGCCAGAUUGCGAUAUCUACUCCAUAUCAGAGCCAACAGGAGGACUGUGAUGGUGAAAGAUCUUCAACAAGGUUACAUUCUGAUAAAACCGAUAGAACAGAGAUAAUCCCUGCUAGAGGAAAGUCAUCAACUCUGCCACCCUCUAGAGGAUGUCCAAACGAAACCCUAGCUCGUUGCCCCCAACCAGCUUCUGUGUCUCAAAAAGGAACUGGACCUGAUAUGUUAUCAGUUGACGCUUCUGAAGGUGAUGAUGCAUUGCAGGUGGCAAAACAUACUAGGAAGCUUGAUAACCAAAAUGGAGCUCAAAAUCUAAGUUCAAGACAAUCCACACCCAGCGGACACAGGGUCAGGGAUGCUGAUGCUCGAAGUCCAGUUAGAAGGGAUUCCUCCAGUCAGGCGGCACUCACUGCUUUGAAAGACGCCAAAAAUCUUAAACACAUGGCUGAUCGUCUUAAGAACUCUGGGUCAAAUCUUGAGAGCACAGGGCUCUACUUCGAGGCAGCUAUGAAGUUUCUUCAUGCAGCCUCUCUGUUUGAAUCUUCCAACAGUGAUGGUGGCAAACAUGGAGAGAUGAUCCAGUCAAUGCAAGUGUAUAGUAGCACUGCAAAACUCUGCGAGUUCUGUGCCCGUGAAUAUGAAAGAUUUAAAGACAUGGCUGCUGCUGCUCUGGCCUACAAAUGCAUGGAGGUGGCAUACAUGAGGGUAAUUUAUUCCUCUCAUUCCAGUGCAAGUAGAGAUCAGAAUGAGUUGCAGAUGGCUCUACAGAUGGUUCCUCCAGGGGAGUCUCCUUCUUCCUCUGCAUCAGAUGUGGAUAACUUAAACAACCCACCAACAUUGGACAAGGUUGCCUUAAAUAAGGGUGUAAGCUCCCCUCAAGUUGCUGGAAACCAUGUCAUUGCUGCCCGAAACCGACCUAACUUUGUGCGGCUGCUGAACUUUGUGCAUGAUGUAAAUUUUGCAAUGGAAGCCUCAAGAAAAUCGCGGUUUGCUUUUGCGGCUGCUAAUGUUGGCCUGGAAGAUGUCCAAUACAAGGAGGGUAUUGCAUCUAUUAAAAGAGCCCUCGAUUUUAAUUUUCAAGAUGUAGAGGGAUUACUACGCUUGGUACGGCUUGCAAUGGAGGCCAUUGGUGGAGGAUGACAUUUUGUUUGUUUGGUUCUUUUGAUGAUGGGUACUAAGCCUUCAAGGCAGGAAAGAAAUUUUUUUUUUGAAAAAAAAAUGCCGAACUGGAUAUCUCUGCUGGAUUGUUUGAUACCUCUGUUAUAGGAGAUGGGUACUGUCAACUCAGUGCCCUUUGUACAUGUGUACAGUACAAGAUGAAUUUGCAGUUUCUAAUAGAUUCUUUAUAAAGUUUCAUCUAUUUUUGACACGGAUUAGGCCCUUACAAGUUGACUUAAUUCUGGGAUUGGUAGAAGUUGUGAUUUGUUACUAAUUUAUGCGGAAAAGAUUCAGUGCUUGUACAAAUUGGCAGACUUGUGGUUGAUCAGGAUUUUGGAUGGAGAAAUAUUGUUGCAUAAAGUUUGAAAAUCUAUUUCUAAAUCAGUUCAGCAUUGUUGAAUCCUGGUACCUCAGCUUGCCAUAUGCCUGGCUGUUUUCAUGAGGGAGUUUUUCUGCAUGUCAACUUUUUAUUUGAUAUUUACUUGGAUGAAAAUGAAGAAUGGGAAAUUUCUGGGAUGUGAAUGCAUUUGUCAAAAACUACCUUUACCAGCAGGCACUUCUACUGUUCUCUGGGGUAAAGCUUUAUUCGGUGAGGGUAAAGGAAACACCAGUCUCAGGUUAUCUUCUUGAGCAUCUUUUACUGCGGUUGGUGCAAUUUGCUCGUUUUUAAGGGAGUAGGAAAAAGUUGGCAAAAAACUCGAGUGAUAAAUAUAUGUAUAGGAUAAUCUACAUCUAGCUUCCGUUGAUGAGUUUUCUUUAAGUGGCUAUGUACAUGGUAAUCAUUGAGUUAAAUUUUAACUGGGAGCAGCACUAGAUUUCUUCUUAUUGAGAGAAGGAAAUACCAUUUUUAUCAGGUUGCAGGCCCAGGAAUCUAACACUAGACUAACAGGUUGAGAAGAUGGGGGCAUUUGCUGUGGCUGGCCGCUUCAACUGGUGAAUAAUCUGGUGAUAGAGCAUUUGCUGCAUUUACAUGCAUACUUUUACCUUAUUGCUGAUCUUUCUUUGCUUCUAUUUCUUCAAAUUGUAAAACAGCAUGUUUAUGCUAUUCCCAAUGAGAUUUUGACCCUUCUAUCUCAUUCUUGCUCACCUACUCUGAUGUGUAUACCGGCAACAUUUGUUUAAACAUCAAGUAAUAAAAAUUUGGUCAUGAAGAAUCCCAUUUCAGUUUAUCUAAA